AGCUGACGUGCGUCACACGACCCCCUCCGAACCGCCCCUGUUCACGCAGGAAAACAUGCCACUGUUCGGAUCGGGCAUGUUGCUGUGGCAGGUGACCUUUGAGGGGUCCGUAUUGAGUUGAUGAGAAAAAUCAUUCGGUGGCUGAGAGCUUUGUAUAAUGAAGUCACAAGGUAUAAUAGUACAAGAGGGUUUCUGUGUGUCCGUUGCCGAGUUUCAUGAAUUUAAUGCUAUCAUCUAAACCUUGUUCAGGCACGCUGAUGACACUAAUGGCAAGAUGUAUUUGUAUUGGAAAAACAACUGCUCAAGAACACACAUGCAGAUACGAUACUAUUCCUUUUUUUUACACGCUGCAGACCGGUAACAACUUUGAACCUCCCCUCCCCUCUAGAGAGUCGCACGCUCCUCUCAUCGACUCAAUGUGUAACCUGUGCAACAUCACAAUACGAGGCGCAGCUGCCUCAGGCAAGCCUGUCUUCUUAGAUACCUUAGGCAGAGCGCCAGCCUUGUUUGUCCUCAUUGCCUCCUCGCCUACUCGCCUCAUUCUCCUGUCUGGACUUCAACGUGUAAGAUUGUUCUGUUUGCGCUCAACACGAUGUGCGUGCUUUGCCGAUGUACGGCGAGUCAACAGCGUGCCGCCACGUCCUUGAUCUCAAGUCGCACUUCUUUCAGAAGCUUGACGCCAAACCGCCGCUUCACGACCAGAUUGACAACCAAAUGCCAGCCAAUUCAGCCCAGGUCUUACCCAAGGGUGACUCGAUUCCACAAGAAAG